AACUGUAACACCUUUAUUUCUUAAAAGUGAAAGGUAGUAUGGCGAGUUAACAUCUUUUAAGCAUAACAUUAUAGGUUCAGUCUUUUCUUUCGUCAUGGUUUGAUGCAGUCAAACAUAUGGGGUGGGAAGAAUGAAUGAAGAAAGUACUCCGUCUGAAUAUACAAUUAUCACCCCGUCUAGAAAUGAAUGUGUGUACACCAGCUGCUACUGUGAGGAGAAUGUGUGGAAAAUGUGUGAAUUUGCCAAGGAUCAAGGGACGUGCUCUUUGGAUGAGGUGUAUACAGUCUUUAUUUCUAAUGAAAGAAAAACGAUACCCAUUUGGAAACAAAAGUCCAGUAGAGGUGAUAAACCAGUUAUCUGGGAUUACCAUGUUAUUCUUCUACACACAAGUAAAGAAGGGCAGAGCUUUAUAUAUGAUCUAGACACCAUCCUUCCCUUCCCUUGUUCACUUGACAUGUAUUUAACAGAGGCUUUGCGGUCUGAUGAGUAUUUGAAACCUGCUUAUUGGAGAAAACUUCGCGUCGUACCAGCAGACAUCUACUUAAAGAAGUUUGCUUCGGAUCGCUUGCAUAUGAAGGAUUGUGAUGGGAAUUGGCGUAUGCCACCUCCAACAUAUCCUUGCAUAGAAACAUCAGAAUCUAAAAUGAAUCUGGAUGACUUCAUCUGCAUGGAUGCACAAGUGGGAUAUGGAGAAGUUUAUGACCUUUCAGACUUUGUUCAACACUUUGGAGUGAAGUAAAUGGGGUUUUGAUUAUGCACCUAAGCCAACAGCACUUUGUACAUCAUAACAUAACUGUGUCUCAGGAUGAAGAUCCCUUUAGUGUGGAUAGUACUGUAAGUAGGCAGGCACAGGAGUACAUGUUAGUCUCAAAAGAAUCCCUGACAAACUCCAAAACCAAUCUGUUUUCACUCAGUUGCUCAAGUCUAUGCUUUACAGACCUACUCUUAAUUACUUUGUGGUAGAAAUGAGCAGAGAGGACAGUCAUACUGAAAUAAACAGGAUUUUUUUAUUGUUAAUAUGAAUUCUUUUAUAAAGAAAUCAGUGACAGAUGUACAAAAAAAUUCGGCAUUUAAACAAAACAAUAAAACCGAAUUGGCAAACUA